AUGAGUUAUUAUUAUUAUUAUUAUUACAUUUUUCUGUUUUCACUUUACUUCAUUGGUUUCUUAGUGUGUCAAUGCAAUGCAGAACCUGUUGAAGACAAAAAAGCAUUGUUAGAGUUUGUUACUAAAUUACCACAUUCUAAGCCUUUGAAUUGGAAUUUGAGUUCUUCAGUGUGUUCUACUUGGAAUGGUGUAACUUGUAGUUUAGAUCAGUCUCGAAUCAUCGCGAUUCGAUUACCGGGAUUUGGAUUUAAUGGCACAAUUCCUGUUAAUACUAUUAGUAGAAUCAAAGGUUUGCAGAAAUUGAGUCUUGGGUCUAAUUUUAUAGGUGGUUAUUUUCCUGAUGAUUUUGUUAAUUUGAAGAAUCUUUCUCUUUUGUAUCUUCAGUUCAAUGAUUUUGUAGGUCCUUUACCUGAUUUUGGUGUUUGGAGGAACUUAUCUGUUGUUGAUUUGUCUAAUAAUAGAUUCAGUGGUGAAAUUCCCGAUGUAAACUUGCCUUUGUUGGAACAAUUGAAUUUGUCUAACAACAAUUUACAAGGUGUUGUUCCUGUUUCACUUAGGAGGUUUCCGAAUUCGGGGUUUGCUGGAAACAAUGUUUCUCUUGCAAGUUGUUUGAUGCAUUGUUCGAAAUCUGAGAAACAUGGGAGGGUUGGUGGAACAUUAGUGUUGGGAAGUAUUGUUGUUGGUGGUUUUUUAUGCCUUGCAGCAUUUAUUGUUUUUAUGUAUGUUUUGUGUUCUAAGAGGAAAGAUUGUGAUGUUUUUGAUGCCAAGUUGGAGAAAGGAGGGAAAAUGUCACCUGAAAAAGUGGUUUCUAGAAACCAAGAUGCAAACAAUAAGCUUUUUUUCUUUGAGGGGUGUAACUAUGCUUUUGAUUUGGAGGAUUUGUUAAGAGCUUCUGCUGAGGUACUUGGUAAGGGAACAUUUGGUGCCGCAUACAAGGCUGUACUAGAGGAUGCAACCACUGUAGUCGUGAAGAGGUUGAAAGAGGUAGCUGUCGGAAAGAAGGAUUUUGAGCAACACAUGAAUGUUGUUGGAAGUCUUAAACAUGAAAAUGUGAUUGAGUUAAAGGCGUAUUACUAUUCCAAAGACGAGAAACUUGUCGUAUAUGACUACUAUAGUCAGGGUAGCAUCUCUGCUUUGUUGCAUGGUAAGAGAGGAGAGGAGAAGGUGGCUUUAGAUUGGAAUACUCGGAUCAAAAUAGCUUUAGGUGCUGCACGAGGCCUUGCUCGUAUCCAUUCUGAAAAUGGUGGGAAACUUAUACACGGCAAUAUCAAAUCCUCAAACAUCUUUCUUAACACUAAACAGUAUGGUUGUGUGUCUGAUCUUGGCCUGGCAACCAUAAUGAGCUCAGUCUGCCAGCCUAUCUCGCGAGCAGCUGGUUACCGGGCACCAGAAGUUACAGACACCAGAAAAGCAACACAGGCUUCGGAUGUUUACAGCUUUGGUGUGGUGUUACUAGAACUUCUAACUGGGAAAUCUCCUAUCCAUACGACUAGAGGAGAUGAGAUUGUCCACCUUGUGAGAUGGGUUCAUUCUGUUGUGAGAGAGGAGUGGACGGCUGAAGUAUUUGACCUCGAGCUUAUGAGAUGUCCUAAUAUAGAAGAAGAGAUGGUGGAGAUGUUACAGAUAGCUAUGUCAUGUGUUGUAAGGAUGCACGAUCAAAGACCUAACAUGUCAGAAAUUGUGAAGAUGAUUGAGAAUGUGAAGCAAGUCGAUUCAGAGAAUCCACCAUCAUCUGAGAACCAAGUUGAAAAUGCAACACAGCAUAAAUCCUCUCAAGGUGACAGUCCACCUCCUACCAAAGGAGAUGAAUAA